UCCCGUUUUUAUGUUACAUUCAAUCUUUAAAACAAAUUACCAGUAACAUGCACCGCCAUUUUUGGGCUUCGUGAUAUGUAUAAGCUCUCUAGACUCUGUUCCUUCCAUCUCCCUUGUAUUUCUCUCCAUCACACCAUGAAAACCACUCACACAGUCCUACUCGCCAUCUUCUCCUUCGUUCUUCUGCACACUGUCACAUCUUCUUCCCCGCUGCAAACCCACCAGGAGCUGCUGCAGCUGCAAGUUCAUCCCAGACACAGAAACCAACCAAGAAGAUUACUGCUUGCUUCUGCAGUUGCUUCCUUCUCUGCAAAUCCAAAGAAUCCCAGCAGCAGCAAAGCAAUGGAAGAUCCCAAGAAAUAUGUGGAGGCUAGCUUAAGGAAGUCUCCACCCAGCAAAUCGAAUCCGACCCAGAAUCGGUAAACUGGUCGAUAUUCGUGUAGGGAUCCCAAAAUAGAAAGAGAAUGAAAUUCCACAAUUUUUGCAGAUUUUUCUCAAUUUUUUAACUGUUGUAGAGGUAGAAAGUCCAGAUCUUUAUUCAAUGUUUUUGUAUGUUCUUCUCUAUUCGUUUAUUUUGUUAGUUUUGUGCUAAUUUUUUUGGGUUGUUAGAGUUAGAUUUAGGAGGAGAUGGGAAGAAAUUGUAUGUACUGAAGAACCCUGUAAGGAUUUGUUAGAAAGAUUAUUGAUUUGUUCGAAUUUUUGCAAUUGCCAAAAUGGAAGUUUUCGCAUUUCAAUCCUUUUGCUACUGUUUUAUAUAGCCCAUGUAUGCAAUUGAUCUAACUUUAUUUUACUUCUUGCUGUUGCGAGUUCUCGAAAUGUAUCUAUUUGCCAUUUUCUGUGUCCGAGGGCAAAUAUGAGUUCUUUGUGUCUUUAGAGACGCUUAAUGCAGUGAGUUUGUUAUUAUCUUCCUUGAAAUCAUGGUUAUCUCCAAGAAAAGAAAUUCUGUAUGUUCACGUUUAUUGAUUGGAUCGGUUACUAGCACAAGUGCCUCCUGCUGAAUUUGUGUUUUGGAACUUUAGAGUAAAGGUUCAGGUAUAUGACUUGUAUUUUGUGAAAUGAUAAGGUACAUGGAAAACUGCUACACACUGGUUGCUAUUGCUGUGUUAUUUUUGUUGCAUUCGUUGAUGUUUUACAAAAUUCAUACAGGUAUGAUAAUGGAUCCUUUAAACCACUGGUAGAGUCAGAUUGAAUGACCAACAGUGGUUAGCAUUUGUAACUCAAUGAUUGUCCCGUUGCUUUCCUUAUAUUUUAUGCAGGGUUGAAGGUCGAAUUUGGAGUUUCGAGUUAUUGUGCAACUGACUUACAAACAUGGUAAAUAUUUUAACUAGUUUCUUAACCUAUGAAAUCUUUAAUGUUCUGCAAGUUCAGUCCUUGAGCACCCGUGCUUCAUUCGGUCUGGAAAAUGUCUCGAUAGGCCAUUAGCUCUAUGAAUUCACAUGGUAUUUCUUUUAGCAGCCUGCUAUUGUAGUUCAACUAUUGAGGUACUAUUGCUGGUAAGUCCAAGACAUGUUCUUUUAAAUAGCAUUGAAGAAUUUUCAGAAUUAAAUCUCUUUCUUUAAUUAAUUAUUAACUCAGUUUUUCACAGAAAAUAAAUUAUUGUAUGGUUACAGAUUUAGUGAAUACAUUUGUCACAGAUUACAUAAUUUUAAGCACAUAUUAUUGGUUGUAUCUCAAAAUUUUGAUGUCAAACAAAGAUCUUUCGUUCUAAUAUGAGGCCGGGAAGUGUGGUUUUAAUUUAGUUUUAACAAAUAAUGAUAUUUUUCAUGUUCUUACCUUUCUCGUUAAUCUGCUUGUUCAUUUGUAGUAUACUUUGUUUAUUGCUGAGUUAUUGCUGUCACCAAUUUUAAGAUUAAUGCUGUACUUGUUAGUGUGUUAAUUAUUUACGAAAUUUGAAAAUGUUACACCAGGUCCCAAACUCUUUAACAAUGAAAAGGGUUCUCUGAGUAAUACAAUGAUAAUGUGAGAAACACCGUCUAAUCUGGUCACCUCAUGUACACGGCGUCUAUAUGAAGCAUUUAACAAGCUGGAAAUAAAGAUAGUUCUACACGUGUAGUAAAUGCGUUUGAGUGAUGUACACGUAGUGAAUGAACAAGAAAAUCCGCCGGUUACAUUGAUUUUCACCAACUCUUCCUGAGGAUUAUAUACCCUUAAGAAACAAAUUUCCUCGUAGUAUUCGCCCUGUAGGAUUCCUCUGCAAACUUCACAGUCUUAGCUCCUUUUCCUUCUCCUUAGAAAUUCCCUACAUAAAGAUGAGAAUUCGAAAUAGCCGGUCAAAUUUUUCGCAGAUGACUCCACCUGAGACCACACCCGGGGCUGCUCAUCUUCGUUCACCAGAAGGUUCAGAUGAUCGCUUUUUAGUUGAAGAAGAGAAUCGGCGCAUUGGAUGGUCCUGCCAUACAAAAAAACAAUUUCCUGCUCAAGUUUCAAGUGAAGAUCAAUUGCAUGAUGAAUUGGAAGCAGCAAGCAGUACAGAAAUUAGGCCCUUGAACUGUGUUGAUAAGGGGAAAGAUGUGAAACAUUGCAUGCAAAUGGAUACAAAUCCGGCCUCAGAGGGGCAGAGCGAAGGAGAAGCAGAAAAGGGGAAACAAUUUACUGCAUGUGCUGGUUCUCAGGGGGGUGGAGAAAACGUAACUUCUCCAGUUACAGCUGGGAUCGCUCGUCCUUGUUCUUUUUCGCAUCUAGGUCAGAAACUUCCGUUUAAGAAAAGAAGACCUUAUAGUUACACAGAGACUGAAGUAGAGAUGGAAAGAGAGAAAGUAGAAGAUGUCUAUCUAGAAGUAAAAGUGGAAGAUGUGGUAAUGGAAGCAAAAGAAAAAUGCAUGCCAGUAGAAAUUGAAAAAGAAAAUCAUUUUGCAGAAGUUAAAGAAGAUGAGCCAGUUAAAGCGGAAGCUGAAGAUGCAGUAGCUGAUAAGAAAGAGGAAUCACUGGAGGAGGGCGAGAUACGAGAAGAAACUGCGGAGGAGACAGAAAAAAUAAGUGAGCUUGAGCUGGUCAAUGAAGGGUUGUAUGUACCUCAUCUGACCAUUGAUGAGAACCAGCAGGACAUCAAAAAUGAAGAACUUAAUCUAGAAGAGACAGCAGGUGAACCAAAUGAGAAGCCAAGAAGGGGAAGGAAAACGCCUAGAUCUAGUGCUAGCACUAGCAGUGAUGAGCCUCAUCAGGGAAGGCAGAAGCUAAAGAGAGGAAGUCCAAAGAGGAUGCAAGAUCCAGCUGAGGAAAAUCAAGGGUGUGUAGAGAAGCGGAAGCCAUUAAGAGGUUGCCCCAACAGGGGUAAAGAGGAAUCAUCUCUUUCAAACAAUAGGUACCCAAGAAGAGGUCGCUCCCAGAGGGACACAGAGGAGUCCUUUCCUUCAAACAAUAGGAAGCCAAGAAGGGGUCGCCCCAAGAGGAGCACAGAGGAAUCACCUCAUUCAAACAAUACGUACCCAAGAAGAGGUCGCUCCAAGAGGGACACAGAGGAGUCCUUUCCUUCAAACAGUAGGAAGCCAAGAAGGGGUCGCCCCAAGAGGAGUGCAGAGGAAUCACCUCAUUCAAACAGUGGGUACUCUCUAGAUACAGGGGAGUCAUCUCCUUCAAACAAUAGGAAGCCAAGAAGGGGUCGCCCCAAGAGGAGCACAGGGAAAUCACCUCAUUCAAACAAUAGGAAUGCCGAAAUGCCAAAGCCUAAGAGGGGAAGGCCAAAGAGGGUGAAGGAGUAACCAGCCAGCCAGUUAAUGUAAAAACAUAGUGACUCCUUCGAAAUGUCUUAUAUCAUUGUAAGACUUUGGUAGAGUUUCUCUAUGUGUAAUAAAUAAGUCUGUAGUUUGCAAGUACAUUUAUUUGCCUUAGUCUUUUAGGAUUUAUGUUUGAUGAUCUAUAACAGAAAAGACCCAAGUGAAAGCUGAAAACUUUGUGUAGUGCCUAUUACCAAUGUGUCAAUGCAAUAUGCUAUUUUUAAUUAUCUUGCUACCCUUAUUAUAAAAGUAACAGAUAUCAUUGGUGGGAAUUUAUUGCAUCACCUUCAGUUUCAUCUUUGUUGUAGUUGACUGACUUUAUGCCUAACACAUUUUUCAGUUUCAUUUGUAUCCUGGUUACCUAUGAUACAUGGUAGGCAUUAGAUCAAAAAAAUGUUUUUGAGUAUAUCAGGAUAUUCAUAUAACAAAUAAAUUGAAAAUUGCUAUAUUAUUUAUAUCCUGAAUAUAUUCAAGAACAUUUUUUUUCCCAGAAAAUUACCGUCGAGUGAAUUAUUUAUGCAUCUACAUUUUUUCCAGCAAAAGCAUUAGUAAUUGACAAUUUGACAGGUCUUCUUUGUGUAAGCAAUCUCAUGUUUAUCUGUAUGGCCAAUUUAGGCAUCAAAAUUGUUUAGUUUUGGUGCAUUAAACUCUUCUAUGACUUGUCCUAUGUCUUCUGUGUAGAAAUUUUCAUCGAAACAGCCUGAUUUUCUUACAGGGAAGCUUACAUGCUAUCCUUAUUAGGUUACCUAAUAUGUAGAAUUGCCAUUUCAUAUGAAAUUUAUGACUUAUAUCUGCUAGGAUUUUCUUCUAUGUCUUCAAUGGAAAUUAGAUAUAUCAAAAUUUAAUGACAUCUAGUCUCACAUUUAACUUUUACUCUUUUACACUUUACGGGUUGAGAGGCACCGUGUAGCCUAGUAAGGUGAGAGGUUGUGUCAGGCCAUCCACCAGGUGUAAGCCAUGUAGAAAUUUUAGCUUAAAAUGCAGUUUACUGAGUAUAAAUUUCUGUUUCUUUCUGUCUUUAUGUGAGUUUCUAGGUCUUUCCCUUGUGCUCAUCUCUUGCUAGACAUUGAUUUUUCCUUCAGAUUCACUAGUUGAAACAACAAUCUUUUAGGAAUUGCGUUGUAUACAACGAGAUCACAUUGCCUCAGGUGUAUUUUCUUUGUUUUUAUCAUAUUUUUUCUUUGGUACUCUUGGAUAAUUUGAAAAUGAGAAUCAGGGGCAGACGGAUUGUCAAAACUCCUCCUCCUCCUCCUCCAACUAGCUCAGUUGGUUCAUCAGAAGAUCCCCCAGCACAGCAAGAUGAGCAAGAGGUAUUAUCGUUGCCCUUCAAUGGUGCUAUUUUUAUGUCCUACCAAAGAAAUCUGCAUGAUCAAUCAAUUAAAGAGGUAAAGAGGGGUUCAGAUGUGCGAAUCUGUUGCGAUUUUAAAUUCAGAUGUGCAAAUCUGUUAAGAUUUUAAGUUGUUUUUAUGUUAAUUGAAUAAACCAACCAUCAAUUCACAGGUAAAGAAGGAUUCAGGAUGUGAAAAUCCGUUGCAAUUUUAAGUUAGUUUUAUGUUAAUUGAAUAAAUCAAACAUUGAAUCACAGGUAAAGAGGGAUUCAGGAUGUGAAAAUCCGUUGCGAUUUUAAGUUAUUUUUAUGUUAAUUGAAUAAAUCAAACAUCGAAUCACAAGUAAAGAGGGAUUCAGGAUGUGCAAAUCCAUUUCGAUGUUAUGUUAUUUAUCAUUCUUGGGAAUCUCAGAUCUAGGUAUGACUCUUAAUCAAAGUCCUCUCAGUUUGUCGUUAUCAUGAUACAAAUUCUGCUCCACAAUCUCAGAUCGUGGUAUCCUUGCCUACAUCUUCAGAUCUAGGCAACACCAGUAGCCUCAUCAGUUUGUUGUUAUCAUGCACUAAUUCUGUUCAUUCUUUUUUAUAGGACACUGCAGGAGGUUUAACUGAAGAUGCUUAUAAGGAGAUCUCCGAUUCCUAUGUUACUCCAAGGUAAAUUAUUUUCUUAAUGUAAUUUUGUAGAUUCAUUGAGCAGGGCGACAUCCCCAUGACUUGUAGGCUUGAACUUGACAGUGAGACAGUGUCGUCAUCUUUCAUGUGUCCAUCUGAUUUAAUGAAGGGGGGUCAUCUCUACUCAACGUGUUACAUAAAUAUCAAAAUAAGGUUCCUGCGCACUCAUGCAGUACGCGCGUAAAAUUUAAAUUGUAUAGUAGUAACUUGAAACUGAUACUUCGAAGGACACUAUUUAUUUUAUCAUGAUUGUGAGGACAUUUGGAUGACUGUUUACACAUAUUGUUUACUUCAAGCGUUGUUAAAUGAAUUUCCUUUUUGGUGAUCAUACAGGAAGGGGAAAGUCUCGAAUGCAGUUGUACCUGCCCAACAGAUUGUAAUUGUAAUAUCUUCUGAUGAGGGUACGCCUUUUUUCGCUUUCUUUAAAGAGUUCAAGUAACGGUUAUCUGCAAAAUUAAUAAAUUUUGUAUCAAGCACUAAUUUAGAUAUAGAGAAUACGCUUUUGGAAACAUCUUUGUACAAAAUUCGUACACAGAGAGGAUCAGUGACUGCUAAACUAGGUGGACUUGUCUGCGUCAUUUAAUGGCAUUAUAAAGAUGCUAGUAAUAUGGUAAUUCUACAGAGAAAAGAAGUUCUUCAGAUUAUCGAAAACCGAUUUUUUUUUCUUUCUAAAACCCUUCAAAGCAUCAGUUAGCUCCUCAAAGAGUAGCCUACCCACUAUUAGUAUUAUUUUUAGCCUUCCCUUUAGGAUAUUCACAAAAUGCAACAGCCAAAAAGAAAGCGAUGUCGUUGGGUAACUUCCAUAGCCCUCCAUGACCCAGUGGAUAUUUGUUACAAUGGUGAUUUGCAAAUCAGGUUAGAUACAGAUCCCCUUGGCUCCCCAAAGUAGAAAAGAAGCAUGGAAACAAGGGUCACAUAUGAUAUCUUAUUCAAUGGAUAAACUUUGUCAAGAAAACACAUUUUAUUGAUGUUUAAGUCUUUUCCCAAUGUAUCGUUUCUGUUCUAAUAACUUCUGCAGAUUGUUUUGUUGAUGUACUUUGCUUAGUCUUGAGGAGGAAGUAUUUUGGUCUUGGCUUGCCUUGUACUUCAUGACGUUCACAUAUUAUAAUACCAUCUCACCAUUUUCACUCUAUGGAAAUGAUUUUGUUGAUAAAAUACGCAUAUUACCAUACUUUUUAGUGUCUUUCUCUUUGCUAGUAAUCUUCUCCUUGAGUUUUGUUCUUGCUUUAUUAUGCAUCAUCUACUUGAAACUUAUUUAAGAAGUAAAUACUAGAUUGUGAUCUCAAAGGCCGCAAGAUAUGAAAUUGCAAGAAAAUUAGCCGAGUGUUUGUUGUUGUUAUUAGGUUAUGUUUUGUCAAAUGCCGUUUCUUAUUGGAUUCUUAACAUGGAAAAGCAGAUGAACCUGCACUGAGAAGCAAGAAGGUAGACCCGGAUGAAGUCACCAGCAAAAGGAUCCGUAGGAGAAUAGACAGCAGGGAUGUCAAUAUGAGAAGAUCUAACUGCACACGUAAUGAGAUGACUCAGGUCGGACAUGCACGUGUACGCGCCUCAGGUGUGGCAAGGGCUAGGGGCAUGCACAGCAUUGUGCACAACCUAAUGCCUUCUCGUCCCAAAACUGAAGAGGAGCUCGUUAAGAACGUUUAUGGUGAGGCAAAGGCGGCACAAAGGAAAAGGGUCAGGCUUCUAAGAGAAUUCUAUGGUGUUUAGAAAAGCUCGAGGCGGCGAGGAACCUCACUUGGACUAAAGCAAUGGCUUUCUGAGUCGCAUGUUUUUCCGUUUCCUAGUGUCGUUGUUUUCGUCCGAGUUUGUUAAGGAAAUUUGGUUUGUUGGACUAAACGCCAAUGCUUUUCGGAGUUGCAUGUUUUUUUUUCGGUUUUGUAGUGUCAUCGUUUGUCUGAGAUUUGUCAAGGAAUUCUGGAUUGUUGGAUUAAAAUUUUUCUAUUCUGAUUUGGACUUGAAUUUCAUUCUAGUUAUCUUAUA